AUGAAGGUGGAUUUUAUGGAUCCAGUCGAAAAGCAGGCACAGGAGACGCUUCUCAAGAACAUGGACAAGGUGCACCGCUUCGUGGGUGCGAACGCGGUGUCUGAUCUGAAAAAGACUGUGCCUGGCUACCUGACCCCGCAGCAGCGUACAUGCUUCCUGCUGGAUUCACCAACCAGCAGAGCCAAAGUUGGCUCGAGCUUUGUGCAAGUUGUCAAGGAGGUGGUUGACAACAACAAGCUCAGCCAGUUCAGCAUCGCGGUUCUUUGCGGGUGCCGAUUGGACUACAUGAGUGUGCUUCAGGCGAAACUGGCUGCGACGUUUCCGAGUGCCUGCAUCUUCGUGACUGCGCUCACUGCUGGAGCUGAUGUUCAAAGUGACAAAAGGCGCAUGAAUUUCGCCUUAGUGCUUCACCAAGGCACAACUGACUUGCCGGCAACGCCUACCAUGGUGCCUGCGCUGAGAGGGCGUGCCAAAGCCUGGGAAGGCAUUCGCCUUCGGUGCCUGACUUUGAGUUGCCCCCUUCGUGACUUAAAGGAACAGGAAAGGGCAAAGCAGGUGUCUGAGGACUCGAAGGUGCCUGUGAAGCCGGGUGAUACCCGCGCAGAUCCCACAAAGUGCGAGCUUGAUCCGGAUGAUUGUGAAGGGCAGGGGCAGGACGAGGCGAUGAGUGAAGAAGAGGACACGGAUCCUGCGCCACUCAACCUGGGUGCCUCGUUCCAACAGCGUGACUUCUUGGUGGACCUCUUUACCUUUGCCAAGAGCGCCUCCUUCUACACGCCUAUCCUUCAGUGCCUGCUGUGUGUGUCUCGGUCCGUGACGACGGUCAUCUUGACAACCACGGCACACCCAGGCUCCAGCGUGGCUGCGCGGUUGCUUGGUCAAGAGGUCUUCGCGUGUCUGCCAACUGUGACUUCGCAUGCGUCCUUGCAUGGCAUGAAGUUGCAGGAGGAGAUGUUUUACCGGAGUGCGUUGGCUGAAGCCCGCGUGACUGCGGAUGCCGGGGACCGCAAACGCUCCCAUGUGUCUGCAGCCAUCCAGUUGAUUGAAGGAGGUUGCGUGCCUGACAGUGAUGUGUUUGACUUGACUGAUGUCGAACCCCCGGAGACUGAUUCCUUUGCGGGCCUGGACGUCUUUCACGGUGCUUUGGAUACGAGAGUUCCGUUGCUACUACAGAAGGAACUCAGUGACUCCAACCUGUGCCUGGACUUGCACCAGUCCUUUGGGCGUGGCUUGGUGACUGGUAAGCCGUUGGCCGAGGGUGAAAUCAUAUGCACCGCUACGGCGGCCAAGUUCACCUGUUACGAGGCCUUGGCGAAGUUCCUGCGCUUGCCUGGGCAUGGUUUCCUCGCUGACGGUGUGGUCAAGGUUGACAAUGCCAGAGUGAAGGGAUCACGUGCCUCCGUGUACUGUGUCUUGCUGGGUGCUGCGAGAUACGUGCAACACUUUCAAGGCAUUCGCAAGCAGCCGAACUGUGCCUGGCAAGUGGACAGUGCCUGCGGAAGUGGCAGUGGCUACCUCAAGCUUGUGGUUCGCACCCACAACGGUGCAGGCGUGGCUCGCAACAGUCAACUGUGCACCAACUACGGUUUGGCGUUCGACUUCGCCCAAGCCGCAGAGAUGUUUGAAGACGAUCGUGUCAAACGAUUCCGUGGUGCACUUGACGCCGUUCUUUCCAAGAGCCAAAGCCAGGUGCAGAUCGCGGAGAACAUCACUGACUUCAAGUUCCUGCUGCGCAUGACACCUGCAAGCUUCGUGCUUGUGUCUGGGGAGGUGCAAAACCGUCGGCUUGCUCCUCGCACAUGCCUGUGGUGGACACGCUCAGCUGUUUUGGAACGCGGGGACUCAAAUUCACCUUUUGCUGUCCACUUCAAGCGAAGCAGUGACUGGGUGUUCUACUACAAGGGCAAGGACCAGGCUUUCGGCGUCGCGCAGCUGAAAGACUUGAUCCAGGAGAAGAGCGUGGCGAGCAUCCCUGGGCAUGGCAGCUGGCCAGCGGGACAGUGCCCUCCCACUUUCAAUAUGGAGAAGACAACCUUGUGUCUGAAGUGCAAAGAUCCCGCCGAUGAGAAGAUCCUUCAGACGGCCAGCAAGUGCAGCACUGUGUCUCUCAUGUGGAUCAUGAAAGCAGCUUCUGAGCAGGAGCUUGCAGUGUAUGGCGUCGCCCUGGCCAACAACAAGCAGAUGAUUGUGAUGCCGGACCGCAACGUGCUGAGCUGA